AAAACUACCGAUACGUCACAAACAGCUUCGUAUUUAUUAUUAUGAUGACGAUUACAAGAGAAUGGCAAUGUGCCUCCACGGCACAACGAUUGCUACCGGUUUGGCGACGGACAGCAGAACAGAUAUUUAUAAAAGCAAUGGUUGUUGUUUUGUUGGAUACAGUGCAAUCAUCAAACGAUAACUGGUAACACCAUCAUCAACAAUAACUAUAACAUCAUCGUAUUUAUCGUCGGAAGGAAGCUCGAAAUAUAAGUACAUACUCGUAGUGUUUGUCACUCAUUAAUUUGAGCAAUUCAUCAAUCAAGUUAUAACAUUAAAAUAACGAACUUAUUUAUUUAUCAUUAUUGCUGCAUUUAGUUGAAACAAAUUUGCAAUUGCUAAAUUUAAUUAAAAUGCUCGCCAGCGAGAGUAUUCUUCGUAGCCAUCAUCAUCGUCAUCAUCUAAAUCAACAACAGCAGCCACAUACGAAACAUUACAAUGAUUCUAUAUAUAAGCAACAAGCAGUGCACGAUGCUGUCGAUUCUAAUGAAUUGGCACGAAAUACCGCCGUAAAUGCAUUUAAUUUACCACAUCCUAUAGUACCUUCACCCACUAAUGUAACCGCUCUUGACAAUGACACUUUGAAUGCAAAGUGCAAAAAUAGUGGCGCGUUGUCAACAGAAGAGAACAGAGGCACAUCUGUAAAGCAACUUGAUAAGUUACAAGAUAAAUCUGAUAAAAUGAACUCAAACUCGACAAACAGUCUAAUCGUCAGUCAUCCAAAUGCCGAAUGUGAAAAUUUUAUACGCACGUGUGUUGCCGAAAUAAUAAAAUCGGCCGUCUUCGAGGGCACUAAUCGUUGCAACAAAGUUGUGCAGUGGCAUUCUCCCGAAGAACUCAGAGAUCUAUUUGAUUUCAAGUUGAAAAAUGAGGCCGAAUCAAAAGAAAACUUGUUCGAUUUACUGAAGAAAACAAUUGAUUUCUCAGUAAAAACUGGUCAUCCAUAUUUUAUAAAUCAAUUAUAUUCUGGACUCGAUCCUUAUGCUCUUGUUGGGCAGUGGUUGACCGAUGCCUUAAAUCCCAGUGUCUAUACGUACGAGGUGGCUCCAGUAUUUACGCUCAUGGAGGAAGAGGUUUUGUCUGAAAUGCGACGUAUAGUUGGCUUUCCCAAUACCGGGUACGGAGAUGGCAUAUUCUGUCCUGGAGGUUCAAUUGCAAACGGUUAUGCAAUUAGUUGUGCUCGUUAUUACAAAUCACCCAAUUCAAAGAAAAAUGGACUAUUUGGAGCAAAACGACAGAUCAUAUUCACAUCAGAAGAUUCGCAUUAUUCCGUUGAAAAAUUGGCAAUGUUUAUGGGUAUGGGCAGUGAAAAUGUGUGUAAAAUAAAAACGAAUAAAGUUGGAAAGGUAGACAUUAAAGAUUUAGAGAUUAAAAUACAAAAAUGUGUUAGUGAAGGUUGUGAGCCAAUGAUGAUAUCGGCUACCUCUGGUACUACGGUUCUCGGAGCAUUUGAUGAUUUGAAUAGUAUAGCUGAUUUGUGCAAUCAAUACGGAAUGUGGAUGCAUGUAGAUGCUGCUUGGGGUGGUGGUGCAUUAAUGAGUCCAAAAUACCGUCAUCUUCUAAGAGGCAUCGAAAGAGCCGAUUCGGUUACAUGGAACCCUCAUAAAAUGUUAACAGCGUCUCAACAGUGCUCAACAUUCUUGACACGACAUAAAGAUAUUCUUAGCCAAUGUCACUCAGCGAAUGCAACAUAUCUUUUUCAAAAGGAUAAAUUUUAUGAUACAUCUUAUGAUACUGGUGACAAACAUAUUCAAUGUGGUCGAAGAGCUGACGUUUUCAAAUUCUGGUUCAUGUGGAAGGCAAAGGGUACAAAAGGACUCGAAGAACAUGUGAAUCAGUUGUUCAAAAUGUCAGAGUUCUUAACUAAUCAGAUACGUGAAAGAUCUGGUUUCGAGCUUGUCUUGGAGAAGCCUGAAUGUACAAAUAUUAGUUUUUGGUAUGUGCCUCCCAGUUUAAGAAUUAUGGAAAGAAAUGACAAAUUCAAUAAUGAAUUGCAUAAAGUUGCCCCAAAAAUAAAAGAAGCCAUGAUUAAGAAGGGAUCUAUGAUGGUAACAUAUCAGCCUUUACACAAUUUGCCAAAUUUUUUCAGAAUAGUUUUGCAGAAUUCUUGUCUAACUGAAUCUGAUAUGAAAUACUUUUUAGAUGAAAUUGAAACUCUAGGAAAUCAAUUGUAACUUACAAAUAUUACGAUUUCAUAUAUUCUUUAAUUACUAUUGCCAAAUAAAAUGCAAAAUAACUAUCGAACGUUUGAUUGAUAGUGAUAAAUUACUACCACUAAAAACCUUGUCUUAAUUCAGAUAUUAUGUUUUAACUUUAAAUGCGAGUCCAUAUGAUUUGUUGUAUUUUUGUUCGACAAUUCGGAGUGUCUCGUCUCUAUGUAUAAUUCUCUAUGUGCGAGUCAUUAAGUUUGCCUCUCUCUCUCUAAAACGUUGUUACGUUCUUUUGCAUUUUAGCUGACGAUGUAUAUUACAAGUAAUUAAUAUAUACAUAUAGAUAAAUAGUAUAUGUAUCCAAGUACACAAAUAUAGGUACAAUAAAAUUACAUAUGUAUGUUUAUUUAAAAAUAAAAUUAUUACAUAUUUAAGUAAA